ACGCACAGACUGCAAAAGAUGGGGGGCAGGGGGAGUAACAGAGACACGAUGCCUGAAAAAAAUGUGAGCGAGGGAAAGCGAGAGAGAGAGAGAGGUGGAAGAGAAUAGGGAUGUCAUAGGCUGGGGAGGGAUUGAGAGAUUGAGGAUGAGAGUUUGAGAUUGGGUACCAGGGAUGUGACUGCUUGAGAUGCUGAGAUGAGACAGAAAGGAUGGAAGAGACGGUUUGUGCUGGUCAGCGAGAGAAGAGAAAGGCAAUGGAUGUAAAUGUGUGUUUGCACAGAUGUGUGUGUGUGUUUCUGUCUGAAUGAGAUGAGACACAGUCUGAGGUGCAUGUGGUGUUGCAGACUACGGGAUUGUUUUAGGGGAGGUUGGUUGUGUGCUACCUAUUGGAUCACAGUACCUGCCACUGUGCUCAUUGUCUGUCUGUCUGUCUGGCUUGCUGUCUGAUCGGAAAGAGAUGGCCAGACACUUAGCUGAGAUAUACAGAAACAAUGACUUUGGGUUGAUAUUCAUCCAAGCCUGCGUUUUCCAGAUGCAAGACCAGCGAUAAGGUUUCAAAUCUGGCCAUUUUGAAGUGAUGUGGAUUACUUCCAGAUGCUGUUCUGUAGGGAGAGGGUUUGACUUGAUGCUGAGGAAUAUCUUGCUGGCUGAAAUUAUGCCUAUAGUGGAAGAAUUUGACCAGGAGACAAAUGAAGACACUGUGUAUGAGUUCAGAUUACAGGCAGCAGCAAAUAAUUUCAUUGCUGAGGCUUCAAAGCUGCCUAGAGCCUCUGGAUGUUUCCCCCCCUGUGGUUUCCAGGAGCAAGGUGCCGUUUAUAACUGCAUGACCUGUCAGUAUGAUUCCUGUGAGUUCCCGCUAGACUGCCCCGUGAAAGAAAUCAAAAUAGAGGAGAACAACAGGACUGAGAUGUGGUGUAAGGUUCCAUUCCUCUUGCCCACAGACGCAGAGAUAGUCUGGAGAUAUUCUGUGAAGAAUACCGUGUUGAUGGACCAUUUCAAAGAGGUCACGGUCGGUGUGGAUCCUGUUUACUUCAUCCCCUCUGCUCGCCUGGAGCACUCGGGCACCUACCAGUGUGAAAUAUUUUCACAGGAGCAUUCUCUCGUACGCAUCUACUACUACCUCACAGUGGUCCCUCUGACACAGUUAAGUCAUGCAGAACUACAGGAUGUCUUUGACAAUGCUCUCCUCCCAGGAGGCCAGUUCCCUCACCGCUCCCCUACUGUCCCAUUCACCUUGUGGCUGCCUAGCCCUGACCUUCUGACCACCUGUUUGACUGCAGUACUGCUGGUGGUCUUCCUUAGUCUAGGGGUGCUGUUUUGGCUGUCCUGUGUAAGAAAGACCAGUAACUAUGAUCCAGAGCAAGACAAAGAAUACACAGAAAGGGAGGUUUAUUUAAUUCACUACUAAACUUGAGCGACAUCCACAUGAGAUAAACAAUAAAAAUUAAGUGCCAAUGAAAUGUGUUCCUGUGCUUAUUUGGUAGAGCAUUGCUAACAGUCCAAAGGUUGUGGGGUCUGGCAGCACACAAAGUUACCUUCAAAGUGGCUUGUCGGUCAAAUGCAUUAAUAUAAGCUUCAGUAAUGUAAUGUAAACUUGUCACUUUUAUCUUGAAAAUGUAUGACUUGGUAACAAAACUACAGUAAACUUUAAAUUUAGUUUGAUAAAUGUUUAAAAAAGGAAGAGAGCACGUGCGCUGUUGGCUGUCGCGAGUGUUUGAGUAAAGCUGUACCACUAGCUCACUUUAUAAACCCUAUUUUAUGUUACUAAAUAUAGCUAGACAUGACUCACUGUGUAACUCCUUUUACAGUCAUUACUCAAUAUUUUGUUAAAAUUGGGCGCGGUAAUACUUUAUAGCACUACAACUGAAAGAAGAAAUAACAUCUUAUAUGAAAAAACUUAUAUAGCUAGCGCUGGUUGAUUAUGACUUUGCAUUGAUGGUAUAUUAUAUUAUUUGAAAUUAUUAGGCUAUUUAUAAAAUGUAUAUAAUACUAAAUAUUAAAUAAUGCAAUAUUAAAAAAUAAUACAAUUCCUUACGAAUAGUUCAUUUAUCCAAAACGUCCUAACUGAAUUUGAACAUUUGAAAUUACGCAACUUUAAUGACGUCAAGUAAAGGGACUCCGACAAUUUCAUUUCUUUCGGUGUUAAAAAAAAAAAUUCUUUCAGUGUUGUUCAUGCUACUGGAUAAACCAACUAGCUUAAAACAAAUCAACUCAAGCAGUGUUUUCACAACAUCUGGUUACAUACGUUGAAUUGAUUUAUUACCAAAGGGAAAACAAAUUGGGUUUGAACUUUGUAUCGUCAUCUGUAUGGAAUCUUGAUUUUUGAGUAUUAGAAAGCCUAUGCUGUCAGACUCGUUCUUUGCAACGAUUAGAUCUUCAUAAAAAACGUACAUCCUAAAAAAAGUCUACAGUACGGUCAAAUAGAUAUUUAAAAAAUGUAUAGGUCUAUAGCCUAUUAAACUACGAUCUUAUACAGUAAUUGUUUUUAGUUGAGACAAAUGUGUUAUUUUAUUUUAUAUAGCUUUGCAUUUUGACUGAAAUGUCUCAUAUUUGUAGAUUUUUAUUAAUUUAUUCCAUUACAAAGUACACAUUUUUUUUUAAGUAGAAAACUUUAGCCAUAUUAGUAAAAGAAUUAUAAGUGAGUUAUGAGAAGAUAAUUAUAAGAUAUAUUAUGAUUAUUUUGAUUUUCACAGAUACCACCUUUUCUGGGUUGUUCCUGAUGACAUUCACAACUAUAGCCUAUUCUAUAUUGAUGACCCGUGUAAUUAAUACGAAAUAAAUGCGACAGGCCUAUUAGUAACCAGUGACGUAAAUUGUACCAUGGGGUGGGGGGUGAUUCGUUUCGUUGACAGCUGAAAUGUGUGCCGUCGUUAUUUUUGGAACCGUUACAACAAUAACCGCAGGCUAAAGUAAUAUGGGUGUGCCCAUGCAACUAUUGGGACUGAUUGUGUAAAUUAAUUAAAGUAAGUAGUUGCACGCAAUUCAAUUAUCUAAAUGUAGAUAUAUGAAUAUAGUUUAGACUUUAAUGUUUUUAGUUACCUUAGUAGUACAAUAAAAUUGUGAUCUGAUUUGAGUAAAAAUAAGUUAAAUUCAGCAAUGCUACUACUGUAUUAUCUACUGUAUUAUCUAAUCAUGUUAGCUCUAAUUAAACUCAGAAACUGUUUUGUUAAAUUUAUUUAGGGUCAGUGGCAUUUUUUCAAUGUACAUAAGUGAAUUACCUUUUAAAUAUUUGCUAAGGUUAACGCACAACGCGUUUGCAGAUUAAUACUCUUUAUUUGAUUUCUUAGUUUAAAAAAUCUUUGUUCUUGGUCGAAGAUUUAGACUCAUUAGAUUAUUUUUCUCUUUGAUUCUGUGUACUAAACGAACAAAGUUUUAUUGUGAUUAUAAUUACUGAUCAUCACAAAUCGUGAUGCUUCUGCUUCGCAUGUCUUUGUGCGCUUCUUUAUCUUGAGCUUCUUGAGAUUAACAGUAGCCUACCGAGGUCAUGACUCUAACAUGGAAACAUCUGGGAAAACAAGACGAAUGUUAAUAUCAAUACAGAGAAUCUGUUGGGUUACUGUACCACAGACACACCUGAAUAGCUGGAAUUACAAAGAGAUAUCCUUUUUUUAAAUUACGCACUACGUCUAAUGCGUCUAGGUUGCGCAACCAAAACUUUGCUGUGUACAAUGCAUGGUUGGAGAAAUUAACUAUGUAGUCACGACCACAGACGUAGUUUUGGUGUUGAUAUAUAUGAUAAUAAUGCGGGAAACACCCCUGGGUUAAAAUAUUUUUUAUUUAUUCUAUAAUUCAAACAACUUUUUUUUUUGCUUAUAGUUUGACAACAUGCCCCGCUUUAUUGUAGGCAAUCAUAGCGGAAAUCAGUAGCUUUUUGUAACCAGGACUUAAAGUUUUAAAGUGGAUUAAAGGAAAAAGAAUAUAUAAAAGAAUAUAUAUAAAAAGAAUAUAUAUGCACAAUGAAUAAAGAUGGUGUGGUACCAAUAAAUGUAUCAAGGUACUGUACAUGACUCAUAUUUAGUGGAGUAACCAGAAGUUCUAGUUGCUAGAGUGGUUGCUUUGUUGUGUUAUGGUGUGGGAAAUCAGGAAUGAGAAAUCUAGAAAGUGCACACAGUCUUAGUCAGAGAUUUCUGUUUCCUGUUUUAAUUACUUCCAGAUGUUAAGUCUGUCUAGGGCUGUACUCUGACACAGGGAGUCAAAUAAAUGCAAACAUUUGUUGAGGGUCAUUUUUCCAUUGGAAACCGACAAAGUUUCCACAUUUCUGUCAAGUUUUAUCAGGAUGAUGUAUGCAAACUUCCUGUAUCAUUAGAUGAGUACCAAUCUUUAUCAGACAAAUGAAAUCAUGACUAAAUGAAACCAAGCAGUAGUUGGAAAACCACUGAAUGAUGUUAGUAUGACCACAGUAUAGACCUGGCUUUUAAGAAUGAUACAGGGUUGGUCUUUUACUGGAAUUUCACUUCAAAUGUUUAUUUUGGCAAACUGAAUAAUUGCGUCAGGAUACGCAAAAGCCUGGUCAUUUGGCAUAUAAAAGCUGAAGUGAAUCAUGUGAGAACGAUGAAAGAAUGCUAUCAUUUAGAGAAACUGAUUUUAUUCAUAUUAUUCAGUAUAGGCUACUCCUGUAUACACUUUCAUCUGUUUGUGGUGUGAGGGCAUUAUGAUUUUACAGUGGUCUGCUGAGACAGAUAUUAAAUUAUUUGAUUACAUUUAACAUUAGUGAAGUGAAUAAUUGAGUUUAAGUUGCUUCACGGUAGAUUAUAAAAAUGUCACAAUUGAUUAUAAAAUGUUGGAAAGAAAUGAUUGAAAGAUUCUUUGUGGAAUCAAAAAUGGUUUACUAUGGCAUCAUGUGAAGGACCUUUCAAGCACCCAACCAGACAAUAUACAAAAUAUAAAAGAAAAGUUUAAUGAAAAGGGUGUGUUGUUGUUCCUAUUCAAGAAGAUUGCUAUAAAUAUAAUGAUUUGUUAAGGUUAAUACAGGUAAUGACGCUCAUUAAAAACCUUUGAUAACCCAUACAAUUAUAGUAAUCUGAUGCUCACAAUAAAACACUGAACGUCAAUUUACCUCUUUGACACACUCCAAAUACAAAGUACCCUAAAAAACUUGCUACUGUAUAACUAAUAGAGCUUUAAUUAUUUAAUGGAUCUUAACACACAAGUGGUAAAUUUGAAAAACAAGAGACUUUAACUUGACAAAACCAUGUAUUUCUAUAUGGGAGAUAUUUUAUAUGGACGAAAAGAUGCAGCAGAAGUGUAAUGACAGAUAGAUAGAUUGUUUAACAACAUACAGUGGUCAAGUCCUUUUGUGUAAAGUGUUUUUAUCUUUCUUGUUAAAGAAAAUCAAUUCUAUAUGCUUUUAAAACACAUUGUAGAUUACAGAAAUAACAGUUUGAACACCUAAUCCCAACAAAUCAGAAAUGAUAAAUUGCUCUUGCUCUUUGCUCUCAAAUGUUUAAACACACACAUUGUAUAACUUAAAACACACAUAAAUGACUUGUGUAUAUUUGCAGGUCAUAUCAUAUGAAUGGUUUAAAAACGGCUUUUGAGAAUUAUUUACCAAACCUUCCCAUGAUAAUUAGUAAGGGGGUCACUGAUUACGUCAUUGCUUCAUACAUUGUAAAAAGGUUUUGUAGCUCCACCCACAUUAAUGCAAAUAUUUGCUGAUGUCAUCAGUGGAUGAGAACUGACCCAUCAGUUUCAAUGUUUAUUGUGCUGCGCUAUAAAUUAAAAUAAAUAUACCAAACAAUAACAUCCUAAUUUGUAAGUGGUACUUUGUGUAAUAUAUUCCACAAUGUAAAAACGCCAAUCACAGCCACAUUAUAUUAUUUGUAUGGUAUCUAGCUGUACCUUAAUAGAUUGGAAAUACCAAUAAUUAGUGUUUUUCUGUCCUUCUUUAUAGAAGCUAAUGAUUAUCUGGAACAGUAUUGUAAAGUAAGGAGCAUGGUAGUAACUUUUUUACAAUAUUGUUUUUAGAUAAUCAUUAGCUCCUUUGGAAGGACACAGCACCAUUCGUGACCCUGGACCAGAAAACCAGUCAUAAGUCGCACAGGAAUAUUUGUAGCAAUAGCCAACAAUACAUUGUAUGGGUCAAAAUUAUUGUUUUUUAUGCAAAAAAAAUCAGUAGGAUAUUAGGUAAAGAAUGUUCCAUGAAGAUAUUUUGUUAAUUUCCUACCGUAAAUAUAUAAAACAUGUAUUUAUCAAUAAUAUGCGUUGCUAAGGACUUCAU